AGACUCGAGAUGGGUGGAAACACGUCGGCGGCGCGAUGCGGACCAGUUCACGCCGCCACCAACUUCGGCCCCAGAAACAAACUCAGCGGACGGGGCCGUUGCCCUGAAUGCAGGACCCCGUUCCUACCGGGACAGGUGCAGCUAGGUAGUUCAGCCUUAUUUAGACCGCUCGCUCACACCAGCAGACCGGAACCGAGAGGGUCAGAGGUGUUCGGGGAGGACCGCUUUAAAGUCCCCCGAGCCUCCGGUCUGAAGCUGUGCUGCAGUUCGGUCCAGUAGCGAGGUGUCACUGGAAACCAGUCUGGCCCAGGUUGAACAAACUCAGCUUCGGUACGAGGAUCCGGUUUGAAUGCUUCGUUGUUUCCGAAGUACGGACGAUGCUGGACCUGCCUUGAGGAGACGGCUUGUACCGGUACUCUGGAUUUUUGGUGUCCCGACUUUAGAGGCGGAGUGAGACAUCGCUGCCUGUAGUUGUUUAAAUCUCUGGGCCGAAGCGGAACCGGAAGGGCUGUUUUGUUGUCAGCAACUGUUGAUGUUUCCACAUUUGUCGCGUUUCCACUUUAGUUUCUCUCUCUUACUCUCCGGACAUCUCUUCUUGUUCUCACUAGAAUUUAUUUUGCUUUCUAAACUCCAUGUUUCCGCUCUGACUCCCGCCACUCGCCGAGUUUUAACGGUCCCGCUGCUGUUUGAUGCCGGAGCGGGAAGUUUGAACGAGGCUAGCUGCCGUUAGCCAGCAUGCUAACGGUGCGCUGAUAGUCAACAAAACAAUUUAAAUUAAAUUAAACAAGAUUAAUUAGAACCGGGCCGAUGUUCCGUCAACCCGCCUCCAGCUCUUACACACCCCGGGAUCCACCCAGUGAUCUCAGUCCGGAUCAGUCCUCCUGCAGCUCGGACACUGGGGACGUUUUAAUCCGCUCCACCAGGAUUCUCCUCCCGGACUGCAGACGCGAAGCUGGACCAGGACCCGAACCGGUCCAGAUAACCAUCCAGAAGCUGCGUGACCCAGCCCCCGUCCAUCCUCUUCCUCAGCGGCGGCCGAAACCCCGACAGAAGCCGGACACCGGUGCUCCUCCGCGGGCAGUGGCAGACGGUCAGCCCGGUAAGAGCCCCGGCAGGUGUCACGGAAACACCGGUGACCUGAGCUAUCCGGACCCGACAGGAGGCAACCGAAGGACGCUGAAGGAACCAGGACGGACCAAAGAGAACCGAGAACCCGCCGGAAGUCUGCCUCCAACUGCAGAGUCGAACCCAGACGGGAAGCUCUCUGCUGGGACACAGAGUGACCGGCAGUCUGGUGAGAGAACCAGCUCUAUCGGUCACGACCUCUUGACGUCGCGUUUCACGGCUGGAGGUCGAGGAGUCGUACUCGCUGCCCUGAAACAAUGCUCUCACAGCGCCCCCCGCAGGAGGGAGAUCAAGGUGAAGCUGUUGGGCCCGGGGCCACUCCAGACCAGCUCCCGGGAUGCUCCUGUUCUGAGGCCCGGCUCCCAGGAUGCAGCGGGUGUAGCGGGUGUCCAGAUGGAGGCGGGGCUGUCCUCUGGUCGCCUGGGAGACGCCACCAAUGCAGCAGCGGCCGCAGCUGCGGCUGUAGCUGCGGCCGCUCCUCUCAUCAAGGCUCAGUCCGACGUGGAGGCCCGAGUGUGUCAGCUGGCGGACGGCGUUCAGAGGCUGCUGCAGGCCGACAGGGAGGGCGGGGACAGGGGGCGGGGCCUGAGCCAGCAGACGCUGCGGCACCUGGAGACGCUGCACAGCCAGCAGCUGCAGCUGCAGAGCCAGCUGCUGGAGUCGGCCCUCAGGAUAGUGACAGGUCACGCCCCCGUGACCUCUACCACCUCGGACCUCACAGCCUCAGGUCGGCCAGCCGGGCUGCAGGUCACACACCCGGACACUACAGCAAACGUCCUCAGCAACCAGCGUCAAGGCUCCUCGGCAACCAGAGCCGCCGCCGCAGCUGUGGAGACUGCCCCGGUUGCCAUGGCAACAGCCGGCCGUGACCGAUGGCCAGAGCAAACCAGAGGUGACCUCUACCACCGAGGUGCUCCCAGCGUUUCCACAGCAACCCAGACACUUGAAGGAACUCACAUGCAGUCAUCAGCCAGUCACAGCCAGGUGGCGGGGAGGAGAGCCAACGAGGUGCUGAUGGAGAUGGGACGUCUGAAGACUGAGAUGAAGAUGCUUCUGACGCAGCCAGAAGACUCUCUGAAAACUACAAGGCCUCCACCUGACCACCCCCAGUCCCAGCAAAACCCGCUUCAGUCCCAACAAAACCACCUCCAGUCCCAACAAAUCCAGUCCCAACAAAACCAGGCCCAGCCAAAACUGCUUCAGUCCCAACAAUCCGAGUCAAAACAAAUCCAGUCCCAGCCCCAACGAUCUCAGUCCCAUCAAAAUCAGUCUCAACCAAACCAAUUCCAAUCCCAACAAUCCCAGUCCCAACAAAACCAGUCCCAAUCCCAAAAAUUCCAGUCCCAUCAAAGCCUGUUCCAGCAAAUCCAGCCCCAACAAAAUCAGAUCCAGUUCCAGUCCCAAUCUGUGCUGGUCCAGAGGAGGCCUGUAGUUCCAUCCAUGUUGGAGGAAGCGGGUCAGGUUCUCCGUAAGGUUCAGAGACAGAAGAAGGUUCUGGAGGAGAACCUGGAGGCUCUGCUGAGAGCCAAGACCGGAGAUGUCCUACACUGCCAACUGGAGGCACUGGCUGCCAACAGAGACUGGACCGAGGAGGUUCGAAUCAAGAAGACCGUGGACGCCUGGAUUAGCACUUUAUCCAAAGACGUCCAGGCUGAGACGUCCUCUGAGAACGCUGCACUGAUGCCACAGCUAAGGGCUGCAGGGAGCUCCGCCCACUCAGCGAGGGGGAAGCCAGUGAGCGCGCUCAGAGGGGCAGGAAGUAGGCCGACGGCGGGGAGAGUAGGCCGAGGACAGAGAGCUAGACACAGAGCGGUGCAGGGGGUGGAGCCUGGCAGAGUCCCAGGUGUUCUGCGAGACAGUGAUCAGGUGGAGGGAGAGUCGUACCUGACGCGUCUGUACGGCAGAGCUCCGUAUGAAGGUCUGAGACGAACCCUGAAGAAGAGUCCGUACCUUCGCUUCAGCUCACCUGCGUCACCGCUCAGCAGGAAGCCCCGCCCCCGCCUGGUGGAGAGCGUCAGAGGUGUGAAGGUGAAGUCCUGUAAGACUCAGACCGGUUUGGCUCCUACCCUCAGUCCGUCACCUGGUCGACCCCAUCAUCAUCAAAUGACCUCUGGUGACCCCACCACUAACACUUACUCUGUUCCCAUGGCGAUCCCACUGGGUCGUCGCAGGAGGGACUCUUCCUUCAGGUGUGUCACAGGGCAUCAGCAGGAAGUGACAUCAUCACCGACACCUCCGUCCAACUCUAGUGUGGUUGCCGUGGUCGAUGGAGCACCCGAGCAACAGUCACAGGUAGAGGAGCGGCUGGUUGAGCAGCUGGAUGCAGUUGAAGCUCCUCCUCCUCUUCCUCCACCAAACACUGUCAUCGAGACGAAGAGCGAGGACGAGGAGGAUGAGGAGAACGUCUUCCCUGGAGCUGACUUCCUAUCUGUAGCUGAUGUAGUCCAGGAGGAGGUGAGUGUGGUAGGUGAGGAGGCUGUGGAGUUGGAUGGGGGUCCGUCUCCUCCUCCGGUCCUGUACCAGGGUCCAGUCUUCCCUCCCCAGGCCCGCUCUACCCUCCCUGGCCAGGAUCAGGCCUCCAUCCUGGACACCAACCAGCAGAGAGACGCUCUGGAGAACCGGCUGGUAGAAUGGGUGGAGCAGCAGCUGAUGUCCAGGAUGAUCUCAGAGAUGUACCGCCCCCCUCCCGCUGACCCCGCCCAGCACGUUUCCACCAACGAAUCAGAGCUUGAGCAGCGGAGCGUCACCUCAGACAUUGUGGAGGCAGCAGGAGGUGGAGGUCUGCAGCUUUUUGUAGACUCCAACAUGUCGGUGGACUCGGCUCUGAUCAGGCAGCUGGUUAACGAGGUUCUGACAGAGACUGUGGCUCUAAUGCUGGGACAGAGGGACGUACUGGCUACAGGACCAGAACCAGGACUGGAAGCACCAAAACCAGGACCGGCAGCACACCAGGAGGCCAAACUGGUUCCUCUCAUUCCUACACCAGUACCGACCCCUCCCCCGAGCCCAACCACUCCCGUUGGAGAGGCCACGCCCGUGACCACACCCCCUCCGUCUGAACCAACCAGCCUGCUGAACGAGGAGUCUCCUCAGCCAAUCGCAGCCCCAGAGCCAGUGGCCACGCCCACACCCAGCCAAGACCCCGCCCCCUCCGCAGGAAGUCCGCCUGCCCUUCAUCAGGCCCCGCCCCCUCUGCCCUGGGAAGAUGCUGAGCUGCCAUUGGACGAGGAGAGACCAGAGGAACACCCGGACACACACAGACAACCACUGGUGAUGUCAGUAGCAGAGGACGAGCCUCCUCUCUCCUCCCCCCUUCCUCCUCCUCCGCUCUCCCUCCCUCCUGCUCCCUCCUCGUCCUCUCCCCACCCUGGUUCUGACCCAAGACCGGCGUCCCCGUCCAGCUCCUCAGGGGACUCCAGCUCCAGUAGUCCCAGUAGCUCCAGUAGCAGCAGCAUUACAGUGACGGCAGGGACUGAUGCAGCACUGAAACACAUCUCAGAGGGAGAACUGCUCAUCAGUGUCAACCAGCGGGCUGCCACGACAGAGGAGGACGCCGUCUGCAGUUUCUCCAGCUCUCUACAGGAGCUGCAGGACAUGGACUAUGACUCCCCCAGUGAAGGACAGGUCAGAGGUCGUGACCUCCUGCUGACCCUGCUAACCAAGAUGGAGCAGGGAGUCACACACCGAGGAGAGAGACCACAACCAGAGGGCUCCUGGGGGAGGGAGGAGCGUGAUCAUGAGGAGGAGGUGAGUGUGGGAGAGGUGACAGACGAUCAGACUACAAAACCUCUCAGGACUACACAUCCCAGGAGCGACAGUAAGAGUACGGCAGCCCGGCGGGGCCAAACCUCCUCACCUGGACAGAUCAGUCAGUGUGCAGAUGUGUCAGAAGUCAGUUUUGAAGCGACCAAUCAGGGCUCGUUUACCAUGGGCGACCUGAUGGCGGAGCCACUCGGUACACUGACCUCUGACCUCCAGACCGACCUGUCGCUGUCUCCUCCUCUUCCCCACCUGGACAAUACACCUGCUGCAAGACAGGUUGGUCCCAUCCUGGUUAGAGAGUUCGACAGACAAACGGGAUGUUCAGUGAACAGCUGCAUUGUAAAACAGCUCAUCACCGAGUGAUUCGAUAUUUUUUAA